UCUAUUCCAAACUGCCUCUUAUCUAGGCAGUUAGAAACCAGGCGCCUCUAUUCGUGGGCCAUGUUUAAACUCUGUUAGGUGUUUUUGCCUUCAACAACUCCAGGAGAGAAAUAGUCGAUUUUACUGUGUCUGGCAGUCUAGAGAUUGACCAUCCCCCAAAAAGGUCUUCUCUGCACAAAGAUCAAAGCCAGUGGAAUUGUCCAUCUCUAAUGGCUUCUCUUACCUUGGGCUGCUGCAUUAUUGGAGUGUUGCUGUACCUCACAGAUAAAAGUUGGUCUUUAUCAUGUGAUGUUUGUAGACGUCCUAAGGAAGAUUGUGCUGGAGAAUCACAAGUGUGCUAUUCUAUCUUAGACCGGUGCGCUACUUUCCAAUCAAAAAACCACAAAAGUGGAAAAUUUAUGACAAGAAAAGCCUGUGUCCAAGCGAAUAGCUGCUAUGAAAACAUCACCAGUGUGGACCUGGGGGACAGAGGGGUUAUCUCAUCCAAGCUGACCUGUUGUUCUGGCGCUGCAUGCUUAAAAGCUCUGCCCCCUUUGCCCUCUGAAAAUGCAACACCGAAUGGGAACAAAUGCAAAAGCUGUUUUGCUAAAGAACGUACCUACUGCACAUGGGAAGAAACUAUUUUGUGCAAAGGAGAUCAGACUUACUGCCUUGAGUUAGCUGGAGAAGCUGACUGGGGUGGAUACGGCACUUUGCAAGCACAUGAUGAAGUGGCCACCAUGAUAAAGUUUGCCAUGAAGGGCUGUGUCAACCCCGCCUUCUGCGAGCUGUUUCAUGAGGGAUCGGUCUAUUUUGCCACGCUCUUUCUAUUUGGUAGAGGAAGCUGCAGGCCAGCCACUGCAGAAGCCACAACUGUACCAUCCCCCAGAGUCAGUUUCUUCUUCCACGUGUUUGCUGGAUUCUUACUUGUGGAGAUCUAUGCUUGAUGACUUCCUGGCUGAGACUUUUCUCCUGGACAGCCUCUUGGCCAACUUCUUCAGCCCUUAGGCCUUAUGCAGAUCGUAGCCUUUACAGAUUCAGAAGAACUCAGAUCGUCUAAAUUAUAUAAGUGGUGGUUUCUUUUGCAUCUUGGGGGCCCUCCAGAAGGAGCAAGGCAAGCCCCACCCCCAAGGCUACUAUACUCUAAAGCAGUGUUUCUCAACCUUGA